GCGGUGGCGGAGGGGGCGAGAGCGGGCUCCGCUGCUUUGCGUUGCCGUUUUUCCUUUCUGCGUCCGGAGCGGCGGGCCUGGCCCGGGAAGAAGGUGAACUUACAAGGUUGAUGUGCAGGGUAACAUGUCCAGUGUUUCUGAAGACAGAAGGAACAGACAGCAGGACAUUAAAAAAGGACUGCAGUUUAUACAGUCUACUUUGCCAUAUCCAGGAACACAGGAACAGUAUGAGGUAUUCAUACAUUCGCUUGUAAGAAAUCUUUUUAAUGAAGGAAAUGACGUGUACCGGGAAUGUGAUUGGAACGGAUCAUUACGUCAGUACACAGAAGCCUUGAAUAUAGCUGAUUAUGCAAAUGAUGAAGAAAUCACUAUAUCUAAUGAAAUAUUAGAAAAGCUGCAUAUAAAUCGAAUCGCAUGUUAUUCAAAUAUGGGAUUGCACAAUGAAGUUUUGGAAAACUGUGAUAUAGUCUUAAAUUUAAAUGGCAAUAAUUGUAGAGCUCUGUAUCGGAAGUCCAAAGCCUUAAGUGAUUUAGGAAAAUACGAAGAGGCUUAUAAUGCUGUAGCAAAAUGCUCUUUGGCUGUACCUCGGGAUGAGUGUGUGAUAAAACUAACUCAAGAACUGGCUCGGAAAUUGGGAUUUAAAAUUAGGAAAGCAUAUGUAAGAGCAAAGCCACCAUUGAAUUCAGUUCCUGGAGAAGUAACAAACAAGGAUUCAAAUUGUUCUGUAGAAGAUAUAGAGUCAGAUUUAAUAGAUCAGAAGCAAGAAGCUGCUCCAGUUGUUGCUUCGCCAUCCCCAACCGAUUUUACACCUGAAGGAUCAAAUGAAUCUGUUCCAAACCCUAACGCAGCUGCGGUCUCCAUCUUGCCGCAUCAAAUGGAAAAAAACCCUCUGCCUUCCGCGGUAUUGGCAAAUGGAGCAAAGGUUCCCUUCCCUAUGGCCGAAGAGUUUUUAGAUGAUGGAGAUAGUGUUUUUGGAGAUGAAUUAGAUGAACUGCUCGAUUCUGCACACGAAACUGAUGAAACUGUAGCAUCAUCCACCAUAGCCAGAGGGUCCCUUCCCACUGCGAGUGUGUCAACUAGCAUCCCCUUUUCGUCUCCUUUAUUAGGAACAUUAUCAGUUGGUGCAGGAUAUGUUCCGGCUGCAGUUCCUUUUUCAGAACUAUAUCCGCAACCCUUGGCUUCUUCCUUGGAAACUUUUUGUUUAAAUUCUUUUUCGAUGAGCGAGUCCAAAAAAGAUCUGCCCACCUCAACUUCUAGAGAUGGACCCCUACAUAACAGCAAUAAUUCUUCUCUUUUACUUCUAAAUGGUCCAGGUGGUUUGUUUGGUUCUGAGAAUUUCCUGGGAAUUUCAGGUCAGCCACGAAGUGAUUUUUCAAGUUCUAACAAUAGAGGAGCUACGAAUAUAACUUCAUCGCUUUCUAUAAGAAAUCCCUUGGAAGGAACUCAUGAGUUGCGGCAAGCGUGCCAGCUGUGUUUCAAAACAGGUCCCAAGUUAAUGGAUUUCACCUACAUUCCCAGUUUAGAACAUAAAUGUAAGAGAGAUAUUUUGAUUGGUAGAAUAAAAAAUGUUGAAGAUAAAUCAUGGAAAAAGAUUCGUCCAAGACCAACUAAGACCCAUUAUGAGGGACCUUAUUAUAUAUGUAAAGAUGUUGCUGCCGAUGAGGAAUGCAGAUACCCAGGCCACUGCACUUUUGCUUAUUGCCAAGAAGAAAUAGAUGUGUGGACCCUGGAACGAAAGGGAGCAUUUAGUAGAGAAGCUCUUUUUGGUGGCAAUGGAAAGAUAAAUCUUACAGUAUCCAGACUUCUCCAAGAACACCUUGGGGAAUUUAUAUUUCUUUGUGAGAAAUGUUUUGACCAGAAGCCUCGGAUGAUAAGCAAAAGAAAUAAGGAUAACUCCUCCUCCUGUUCUCACCCUAUUACAAAGCACGAUUUUGAAGACAACAAGUGCCUUGUCCACAUUUUACGAGGAACAGUAGUCAAAUAUUCCAAAAUCCGUCCCUUUCACGGCCAGUGUCAGCUUGACCUGUGUCGGCAUGAGGUUCGAUACGGUUGCUUACGAGAAGACGAGUGUUUCUACGCACACAGCCUUGUGGAGCUCAAAGUCUGGAUAAUGCAAACCGAAACAGGUAUAUCUCAUGAUGCUGUUGUUCAAGAAUCUAAGAAGUAUUGGCAAAAUUUAGAAACCAGCACACAUGGAGCACAGGUACUUGGCAGUCAAAUAAAACCCGGAUUUCUUAAUUUGAAGAUGAAAUUGGUAUGUGCCCUGUGUCAGAAAAAUGGCCAAUACACUGAACCGGACAAAAACAAAAGAUACUGUAGUGCUAAAGCAAGUCAUCCGUGGAACAAAGAUCGUCGCAUGGUGAUAGUGUGGUCUAAUGAACUUAAGAAAUGGCUGAUCAUCCGUCCUCUUCCCAUGAAGAAACAAGUGCCCUUGCAGUUUGAUCUUUGCAAUCACGUUGCUUCUGGGAAAAAAAAAUGCCUAUAUGAUGGAAAUUGUUCCUUUGCCCACAGUCCUGAGGAGAGAGAAAUAUGGACUUAUAUGAAAGCAAAUGGAAUUCAAGAGUUGGAGCAGUCUUAUGAAAACUGGCUAAAGGGUCAAAAAACUGAAAAGGGGGAUGAAGUAGCUGGACAGUCAAACAAGGAAAACGGAAAACAAAUUCAUAUGCCUACAGAUUAUGCUGAAGUUACAGCAGACUUUCACUGUUGGAUGUGCGGAAAAAACUGCAAUAGUGAGAAACAGUGGCAAGACCACAUCUCAUCCGAAAAGCACAAAGAGAAAGUUUUCCUCACAGAAGAUGAUCAGUACUGCUGGCAGCAUCGCUUUCCAACAGGCAAUUUUAGCAUUUGUAAUGGGUAUAUGGAUGGCACAUGCCUGGAAGGAAACAACUGUAAAUUUGCGCAUGGAAAUGCCGAACUUCAUGAAUGGGAAGAAAGGAGAGACGUCCUAAAGAUGAAGUUCAGCAAAGCAAGGAAAGACCACUUGAUUGCUCCAAAUGAUAAUGACUUUGGAAAAUAUAGUUUUUUGUUUAAAGAUUUAAACUGAUACUAAAGAUAUGCUUACGUUUACCUGAUCAAAGCGUUAACCUGAAAAUUUGAAAGUAUUCCAGAGCAUGUGGCAGAAAAACCACAAGUUUUCUGCUUUUAUUGGUAUAUAUUGUUCUUCCCGAACAACAGUCUAUAGUAGAUAUGAUGGUGGAGAUGUUCAACAGAUUUGGCUGGGCUCACCUGAGGCCUGAUGGUGAAGUGAUAAACUGCCCUAACAUAUAUCCUGUUAUGCCGUCUGUUGGACAGAAUUUUGGUUGGAUGCUUAUUAAGGGGGAAAGGAGGAGGAGGAAAAGAUUAUGUCUAGGAAAGCCCCUAUUCUGUCGGCCCUUCGGCCGAGAAGCUUAAAAUAACAUGAUAACACACGCGGUGAUUUGGAACAAGAAGAAAAUGAUGGUUGAAAUUUUCUAGAUGUUUUAUGGAAAGGAUCUGUUUUAAAAGAAAUCAAGUUUGCUAUUUAUCUGUAUGUAGGUUGCUAAAAAAAAAAAGACUGAAAAAAACCAACUUUUAAGCAAAAUGACCAUUUAACGCUAGUACGUUGAAUGGGGUAUUUUUUCUCUUAUUGUAGUGAAACAUACAUUUACUGAAAAGAAUCAUGCAAAAAGAGCAUUGAACAUUUUUUGAAAAAUCAACUCAAGUGAAAUUUUGUUCCUGGUCUUUGCUGUUUAAAUGAUUUUCCAAGGUUAUACUUGUAUUGUCAGUAUUGUGUGUUGUAUGGACCAAUAUUGCCUGUAAUAAAACAUUUAUAUAGCUCUUA